GUACUGCAUCUCUUGUACUGAAGACAGGAACUUACUCGCUACUCCACACACAGUGUUCGAACAGUGCCUUGCUAACUUGCAUCGGCGACUAAUCCGCUCUUUCCACCUGCCACUACCACCUACCAUUCCUUUUCUAUUUCCUUUCAUAUUUUUCCUGUAUCUUGACUCAGUUACGCGUAAUAUAUUUCGCACUUGUCAUACUGAGUCAGUGAAUAGUCGCUUAAGCGACGCGGAUCGCGUUGACAGACUUGACUGACGCCAGCAAUAGAAAGAAGAUAAAUAUAACGAAGAUAUCUAUCUUAUCAGUUAUCGAAGACUAAUGGGUUAUUAAAUCUGAAAAAAAUUAAAAUAUCAAGAAUUUCUUCAAGGAUCACAAAAUUGCGAUCGAGAAUACUUGCACGUGUCAAUCGGAGAUUGUCUCAACUUUAGCCUUUGUCAGGAAUUUUUGAUCAAGAUUUGUGACUGAUUUUAUUGUGAUAUUUUUAUCAUGCAAUUGCCCGUUGCAAUUAGGAAAAGGUGCAACAAGUUUCCAUCCCCUUACCAUGUCGUCGUCAUUAGAACCAAUGUCGUCAUAGACCAAGGACAACUGAAAAGACAAGUAGAACAAUGCACUUUCGUAGUUAUAUCUUGUUAGAAAUUUGUGCAAUUUGGCUAAACACUAGACCAAUUUCCAUUACUAUCUAGUAUUAUUGAUUUCUCUUUAUAUAUAUAAAAAAAAAUACUGCAUAACUAUUAGCAAUUAGGCAAAAUUAAUUGGAAUACAAAAAUUUUGUGUGUCAAUUCUUUACAAGAUAUUGUUUCAAGAGAGAUAAGAAGUGACAAUUAUCAAAGAUUAGAGAUUUUCAAAUUCAGAGUACAGAAUGUCGGGCAUCGUGGAAUGGUAUAGAGAUGUGAUUGAUAAUAAAUAUGAUCCAAGAACAGCAGAAUGGUUUUUGGUACCUAGUCCUGGUCCAGUUCUGACCAUCGUAGCAACAUACAUAUAUUUUUGCGUUUCCGCCGGACCGAGAUACAUGAAAGAUAAGAAACCAUAUAAUUUGAAGAACAUUAUGAUAAUUUACAACUUCAUUCAGAUUCUAAUAAGUCUUUAUCUGUUCUACGAAGGCUUAAUGGCUGGUUGGUUGUACGAAUAUAAUUUUAUUUGUCAACCAGUCGAUUAUUCAUAUAAACCGAGUUCAAUGAGGAUGGCUCGUGGCGUUUACGUGUACUUCAUAUGCAAGCUGAUCGAGCUGCUGGAUACGGUGUUCUUUGUUUUGCGCAAGAAACAGCAGCAGAUCACGUUCCUGCAUCUCUACCACCAUUCGAUGAUGCCGAUCUGCGCCUGGAUCGGUGCAAAGUUCUUCGCCGGCGGCCAUCCGACUCUCCUCGGCGUCAUCAACGCCUUCGUCCACGUCUUCAUGUACACCUACUACAUGCUAUCCGCGUUCGGCCCGCAUAUGCAAAAGUACCUGUGGUGGAAGAAGCACCUGACCAUUUUGCAGAUUAUGCAGUUCAUCAUAAUAUUCUUUCAUAAUCUGCAAAUGCAGUUCACCAGCUGUAAUUUCCCGAAGCCGCUGUCACUUCUGCUCAUGAUCAACGCCGGUAUGUUCAUCUACAUGUUCGGGUCGUUCUACAUAAAUAAUUAUCUGAAGUCAAACGUACGACGGAAAUCGAAGAUCGAUGGCAAUACAAACGGCGUUACGAACGGCGUUACGAACGGCGUAACUAACGGUGUAAGCAACGGCGUGGCCAAUGGCGUUAAGAAUAUUAACAUCAAUGAUGUUACUCAUGCCCUUCUUAAUGGCAGUCAUUUAAAUCUCGAGAUUCUCCAUGGUAAAUCCGAUUAAAGAACUCGAAACAGAACUCUGCUAUCCGGGGAACUGUGACUGUGCGAGUAGAAAAAUAAUUUUUCAAAGGUUCUUCCAAGAAUGUCGCUUAUUAAAGAGCGUAUUAUAUCCUCGUAACGUAGAUGUAAGGUAGAUGUAAUGAAACGCGAGAUAACGCGGCGUUCUCCCGACUUCGACGUUAUUCCGCCGAUAUUUCUGCAAUACGAGUUACGAAAGUAGGUUAAUGCGUAGCAAAAGAAUGGUACUUUACAAGUAAGUAAAGAUUGAUUUGGGUUACCUGUGUGCUAAUAACGAUCCGCUUGCAAGCGAACUCCUCUGCGAACUUUACGCGAAUUACGCACAAUCUAAUAUAGACUGAUUGAUUAUUUGCAUAAACUUAUAUAAACUUACUUUCCGAAGAUGCGCAACAAUAUUAAUACGAUGUAUAAUACAAUUUGACAUGAAAUAUGUAUCUAAGAUAAGCUUAUCAAAUUUUGUUUUGAAUUUUUAUCAAGAAAUUUAUUCUCGCAUGAUAUAAUUAAAAUAGAUUCAAGUUUCAAAUUUAUU